AUUAAUCAAGACUCGCAAUGGAAAAGAAGCUGGCUGCUUGUGCACAAUGAAUGCUGCUACGACCGGGCGUGUCAUAGAAUAUCCAGCGGGGCAGUACGGCGUCGGACAGAUGCUGAUCGAUGGAAACAAUCUCAAGUCCGCGCUGGGCGCCUGCACUUGACCAGGUUUAUACAUGUUACUUCAGGCUUCACCUAGAGAAGCUUAUUGGAGCACCCAACCAAUCCUUGCCCGGUCGAUACCACACAUACCGCCAAAGUAACACGGCGCCUCUGCAACAUCAGAACCACCAAUAUAUCCAUAUACACCGCCUCGGUCAGACCGGCAACAACAGCACCACCCUUCGAAUCGAAGCAGCUUCACAAUGGAAGAACGACAGAAAGAAGGCACGCCGCAAAUCCGGCCAACCAGCUCCUCACCUUCACCUCCCCUCUCAAGCCCCAAGAAAGGUCCAACAGUCAACGACUCCACGACAUGCCUCGAAGACAUAUCACCACAAAAGUCCUUACUGGGAGCCCAAGCCGCCAACGACGACGAACACGCCCUCACCUUCCGCGAAGCAACAGCUCUCUUCCCCAAAGCAAUCCUCUUCUCCAUAGGAAUCAGUCUCGCAAUCAUCAUGGAAGGCUACGACAACUCCCUUCUCGGCAACAUCUUCUCUCUCCCACAAUUCCGCGAAUACUUCGGCAAAAGACUCCCCAACGGCGACUAUCAAGUCUCGGCCUCAUGGCAAUCUGCUACGAACGCCAUAGGAUCAGUCGGAGGCAUUAUAGGACUGAUUCUCGCGGGCUGGAUGGUGGAGAAAGUCGGGUACAGGAGGUCCAUGCACGUCGCCCUGGCAUUCAUCACAGCCGCAAUUUUCAUUACCUUCUUUGCGCAUCACAUCAUCACGUUAUUUUUCGGGCAACUGAUCACGGGCAUUCCGUUCGGGAUGUUCCAGGGCAUGGCGAGUGCGUAUGCGGCUGACAUAGCGCCUUUGGCUUUGCGCGCAGUGCUGACCUCGUUUUUGAAUCUUUGUUGGUGUAUUGGACAAUUCAUAGCUACGGGAGCGAUGAAGGCGGCGCUGACAAGACAUGAUGAAUGGGGGUUUCGGAUUCCGUUUGCGACACAGUGGUUCUGGCCUGUUCCCAUCGCCAUCAUAGUCUUUUUGGCGCCCGAGUCGCCGUGGUGGUUGAUGAGGAAAGGACGACGUGACGACACCAAAGCGGCGCUCAGACGACUGACCGCUACGACCAUGCCGGAGGAGCAGCUGGAGAAUUACUUACAGUUGAUUGAUUACACCAAUGAGCAUGAGAAGAAUGUGCAGGAAGGUACGACGUUUUACGACCUCUUCAAGGGCAGCAACCUUCGUCGAACGGAGAUCGCGGCAAUGGCUUGGGCUUGUCAAGUCGCGAGUGGCAUUUGGCUGAGUGGCAAUAUCACCUACUUCCUGGAGCAAGCUGGAUUUGACCCGCAGCACGCGUUCAGCUUCGGCCUCGGCAUGACCGGUCUCACUUGCGUCGGGACAAUAGCCUCCUGGUUUGUCGGUGCUCGAGUUGGCCGGAGAGCACUGUAUCUGACGGGCCUUACCGGAAUGCUCGCGAUUGAGCUGAUUGUGGGCGCGAUGGGUAUUCCAAGGCUGUCUUCAGGAAUCGGCUACGCGUCAGGUGUCAUGCUGGUGCUACACAGCUUCAUUUACUCUUUGACGAUUGGUCCAGUCUGCUUCACGAUCGUACCGGAGGUGCCUUCUGCAAGACUGCGGCAGAGGACAGUGGUCGUUGCGCGGUCUGCAUAUCAGGUGCUGGCAAUCGGUGCCAAUUUCUUGAGCCCUCCAAUGCUCAACCCCACUGCCUGGAAUUUAAGAGGAAGGGCGGGCUUUGUAUGGGCUUCAAUCUGUCUCAUCGCUUUGACGUGGACGUUCUUCCGACUGCCGGAGUGCAAAGAUCGGACGCCAUUUGAGCUUGAUCUCUUGUUCGAGCGACGUACGCCGACCAGAGCCUUCAAGCAUGCCAAAGUCAAUGCUUUCCGGUUUGCAGAGCAUGAAAUAACGGAGAGGGCAACUCAGGACGAGUGAUGAGACGAAAACGAGGUGUACUAACUUGAGUUCUAUAUCGCACUAGCAUCAAUCACCGCGGCCAGUGUGUUCAUACAUGGCUUUUCUCUC